AUGCCGACAUUCGGCUGGCAGAGCAAUGAAAGUCCACACGCCCAGUUCAUCCGCAGUAGGGACUGGGGCGCCACUGCCAUAGGACCGCCGGAAACAUGGCCACACCAACUUCAUCAGAUGAUAGAUCUGAUCAUGCUGGAUCCGACUCCCAGCGCCAUCAUGUGGGGGGACAGCCUCACCAUGAUCUAUAACGAUGGAUUCGUGGAAUUUGCUGGCGAAAAACAUCCAAAACUAAUGGGAGGAACUCCAAUGGUAUCAUAUGCAGAAGUCUGGGAGCCUCAAUUUGCUCCAAUCAUAAAGCUUGGUAGGGAAAAGGGCCUGGCGACGCGCCACAAGGAUGUGCCCUUAUUCUUGAAACGACAUGGAUACAACGAGUACGUGUCCCUAUGA